AUGAGACGACCGCGACGUCAAAAUGUCACCAACCGCAAGGGAACUUUCAAUCCCGAGGACACUAAACGCGUCAAGCAUAUGCGCAUUGGAGUAUGGGACUAUUACACUGAAAAGAUACCAAUACUUGGCUGGAACGUUCCUGGAACGUCUAGACUUGAGCACUACUUCGAGACGACCCAGAGUCUGCCGUACGUUUGGCAAAUGAUGAAGGAUAUCUCAGGCAUCAGGAACUGCUGGACGCUUUUGAUCGCUUACGUGGUCCUCGAACUCAUCAAUUCUAUGAUACCCGCUGCAUCGCUAUGGUUUUCCGGCCAGCUGCUCACGAUCGUGCAAACAGCAGUCGACACUAGAACAGUCGACAAGGAUCUCCUUCUAAGAGUAUCCCUCGGCAGAAUGGGCUGUGCGAUUGUUGGUCGUCUCCUCAGCUAUGGUAUAAAGCGCAUAUCCUAUCCGCUCAGCGCUCGCUUGAAACAGCACUACUCCGUCCACCUAUUCUACGCCCGAGCUCGGCUAGACCUGCCGACGUUCGAAGACCCUGCGGUUCAACGUCAGCUUGAAGAAGCUAGCACAUCAUCUCGUGGUGGUAUUGCAUGGGACACGUUCAGCAUGGUAUCCUCUGCUGUCACUAGCGCCGUGCUGAUCGUAUCUCAGGUAUCUGUACUCGCAGGCAUUUUGCGAACACAGCUAGAUGGUCCACUUCUUGCAUGUAUCAGUUUGUCUCAUACAGUCAUGGAUUGGCUGUUCAGCAACAAGUUCUCCGACAUGAAUUCCGGAGGACUACAUCAGAAUGCAAGGCAUGAAGAGAUUGAAUUUCAGGAAGCAGCUCAGCGCGUAGGUGACCGCGCCGGUGACUUCUGGGAGGUUAUGCGUGAAUACAAGUUUCGCGAUAGGCUUACAGUGACGUCUCUGCUCAAGGAACCAUGGAAGGAGCUACCACAGAUCGUCUUCGCACUCCGCGCCGUCCAAUAUCCAGCGUCAAUACCCGUGUCACUUGCGUCUCUCAAUCUCAUCCAGCAGACGACGCAACACUUUGGCUGGACCGUGUACCGAUUUAUCGAACAAUUCGGAUCAAUCGCUGAUCAGCUCGCAACCGUGCGGAAGCUGUACAACAUCGUCAACAUUCCUAAUCGCGUCCCUGACGGCAAUGUGCCAUUUCCGGAAGAUACACAAAAGGUCAAGGGAGGAAUAUCUGUCGAGUUCAAAAAUGUCUCAUUCCGCUAUCCUGGCGCCGAGAAUUAUGCGGUUCGAGACCUGUCCUUCAGGCUAUCUCCAGGACAACUCUGCGUCAUCGUUGGCGCGAACGGGUCAGGGAAAAGCACCAUUCUCAAGCUACUUAUACGCCUGUAUGACGUAGAGGAAGGCGAAAUCUUGAUAGAUGGGCGAGACAUCCGCUCGUUCAGGUUGACCGACCUGCGUCAGUCCGUAUCGGUCCUCUUCCAGGAUUACACACACUUCCCCUUAUCCAUCCGCGACAACAUCGCGCUAGGUAACCCGGCCGAUGCCAAAAAUGACGACCACGUCCGUCUCGCCGCGAAGCUUGGCGGUGCUGAGGAAUUCAUCGAGCGCCUGCCGGAAGGUUUCGACACGUAUCUCGACAGGCCGGUCAACGACUACUAUUCGAGCCUGCCAGAAGGUACGCGCACCCUGUUCGGAAGACCUGUGGACUUCAGUGCUGUUCGUGGUGCGGGCAGGAUCCAGUCCAACAGCGGGACAUCGUUGAGCGGCGGACAGAUGCAAAGGCUCGCCGUUGCGCGAUCGUUCAUGCGAUCAGUCGUUUCGGAGGAAUCGACGGUGGGAUUGCUGCUCUUCGAUGAGCCAAGCGCGUCAUUGGAUCCGACUGCAGAGCACGAUCUCUUUGCCAGGCUACGCGACUUGCGGGGCAACAAGACUAUGCUUUUCUCCUCACAUCGUUUCGGCAAUCUCACAAAGCAUGCAGAUCUAAUACUGUACAUCAACGACUCGGUCAUUGUGGAAUCUGGUACCCACCAGGAACUACUCAAACGGGAUGGAGAAUACGCACGUAUUUGGAAUCUUCAAGCGCAAGCGUUCUUGUAA